AUGCCGGCACGCACCCUGCGUGGCAAAGAGGUGGGGCUGGAGCGUGCGCUGCCUCUGCUCCCCGCACACGCACGUAGGAUGCCGAAAAAGAGCCGCGGUAAAAAGAACUCUCCGUCGUCGCAUGCCCACUCUUCGUCGCGGCAGCGAAACAAAAACCAGGAGGCGCCGGCGGAUACGCAGGAGGCGGAGGAAUUUCAGAAGCUGCAGGAGCUUUUAGAGGACGAGACACAGCCGCUGGAUGUGGCCAAGACGCCGCUGGAGCACCUCUUGUCCCUGCGGCAGCCGCAGGAGUUGGCGCUGCGGCUUGCGCAGUCCCUCAUCUCCCUCCGCUCGCGGCUGGCGGAGCUGGAGCUGGAGCGGCUGAACAACGAGCACGGGGUGCCGGGCAGGUCGGACGCCGUGGCCCGCCGCGCGCAGGAGAAGGCCGAGAAGCUGGAGCUUGAGAUCUGCAAGACGGAGCGGGUCUCGCGCCGGCUGCUGCUGAUGUCGAGGGUGGUGGGGCACAUCAUUGGCCUGCGCAAGGACACCAUUGCCGCGGUGGGGGCGGCGAUGGAGGCGGAGGUGCGCUCGCUGCGGGAGCAGAUCGAGGCCAACGAGGAGGUCAUUCGCGGGCGGUUCGUGGACCGGGUCAACAUGCUGCACCGCUACUGGCUCUGGCGCACGCUGCAGGAGCUCGGCGACCAGACGGUGAGCCGCACCUUCGAGGAGGAGCUCUCCCGCGGCCCACGCUACCGCUCGCUGGGGGUGCAGAACAACAUCCUCUCCGACACCCUCGAGCAGCAGCUGUCGUGGCUGGUGCGGUUUGCGGAGAGGGAACGGCUCUUCCGCGAGCACGUGCGUCGCCUCGACACCCUCGUGGAGGAGCUAACGGACGUCAACGAGGCCCUGGAGGAGGCCCUGACGUGCCGCGUCUGUGGCCUGUUCUUUGAGGACCCCGUUGUGUUUUGGCCCUGCGGCCACACCUUCUGCCUCGCCUGCUUCGACUCGCUGAGCAUCGCGCCGAGCCUCUUCCGCUGCCCGACGUGCGGCAGCAUGGGCAGCGAGGGCUACGUGCACAGCCUCCUCAUCGCGGAGUGCGUGGCGAAGUGGAUGUUCAAGGACUCGGGCUACGCCGACAUCCACGGCGCACUGAGCCUCAUCCGCCUGCACCUCUCGAAGUUCCGCAAGGAGGUCAUCUCCACACGCAUCGCGCAGCUGCGUCAGCGGCUCGCGGAGGCGCAGUACGCGGAGAGAAAACCAGAGGAGCUGGCGGACAUGGACGUUGAAUUCCGCUCCUUCUAA